AACUCGUCGGUUAGCUAAUCGCGGAGCUAUUUCAAUUUUGAACGGUUUUGUAUUAAGCCCUUGGUAUAUUUUAAUUAUUGUUUAUACUGAUUUUGCGAAUUCGUGCAACGGACGUAAACGUCAGACGACAAUGGCUACCGGAAAUGAAUCGCGCGUGCUUAUUUCGAUGGACGGGAGUCGUUACAGCGACUACGCUUUUGAGUGGUAUCUGAAGAACAUGCACAAGCCCACCCACCAUGUGACCCUUUUCCACGCCGUGGAGUUCCACUCUCUGACCUCAAUGCCUAUGGGUGUCGGAAGCGCAGAGCUCAUCAACCGAAUGAUCGAUGAAGAGAAGGCUACCUCGGAGGAAUACCUCAAGAAACUGACUGCCAUGAUGAAAGAUCAUCAAUUGCAUGGAAAAGUGAAGAUGACGACAGGCCCACCAAGGACAGAGAUAAUCCGGGUUGCAGAAGAGGACAAAGCUGACGUCAUUAUAUGCGGCACGCGCGGGAUGGGCACGGUGCGCAGAACCCUGCUGGGCAGCGUCAGCGAUCACGUGAUGCACCAUUCGCACGUGCCGGUUCUCGUCUGUCGUCAUAAGGACGACCCCCAUCACCAUCAUCUGGGCCACCACCACGAGCCACAGAAAGAAAUUAAAAUGUAGUUUUUACUGAACUGAUUAUCAGGUCGUGGCUUAAACUGCACCUUUCACAAUGUUGGAUGGAAUUUUGAAAUUUAACACGGAUGUCUAUUAAUUUUUUUUAUUUCCGUAUAAAUCGUAAGGCUGUUUCUACAUAAAAUUAGAAAAAUAUAAAUAAAGUCUUCAAUGUUUAAUUUUAUGACAACGAAAUAUAUAUCACGUGGAAGUGAUUUUUUAGUAUUUUUUUUUAAGACAGCACACGUAUUUUAAAUCGUUAACCCAUUUUUGAACGACGACCCGUGCGGUCACGUCUAGGCAAUCUUGCCACGUGGCGUAUGCAUGUGGUUGGCAUUUGAUUGAAGAAAAACGCACGAAAAGGAAAUAUGUGUACCACAGUGGAACUCUUUACUUAUUCGUGUAAACUGAUUUUCAACAAAAGUUGAACGAACAUGUGUAUUCAGAAUAUAUUUAACCAUAUUCGUAAUAAUUUAGAUAAAACUGAGUUUGUCGCGCCAUACGAAAAUCAAUUAGACCCAAAAAUGGCAUUUACGCGGGUGUACACACUUUUAAACUCGAUGUAAUAAUUAACAACUUGAUUAAACACAUGUCAAUUUUCUAGACACGGAUAGCAUAUGUAAAUUAUGUAAAGUAUGAUCCUUUCCAAACUGACAAUGUAUUUUUAUUUCGUUUUUAUGUAUUACAGUGUAAUCUAUAUGUAAGAACUUGUUAUUUAUGAACGAGCUAUAGUUUUUUACAAGAAUGUAAUAUAAACCUUCAGUCCGAUUUUACCUAAGCGUAUAAAAAUAAGUAUUGUUAUCCGAUGCUGUAUUUGUUUGAUGUAGGAUGCUAUGGAAGCAAGAGGGACCUUAGGUACUUCUUAUUACACUUGUGUUACACCUUAUUUGUUAUUACUUAUUUGUUUUGGGUUAUACUGUUAUGGUAUUUGAUAACCAGGAAGACAACUGUUCAACCAUGUUUAAUUAUAUAUCCAUUGGGGAA